UCAAAACUCAUUCUCGUGUAUAAACCCUAAAUUUUGAAUCUUUCGGUUACGUAUUCUGGAAUAUGAUUUAGGGCUUUCACCUUCAAUUGUUGAUUUCUCUCAUGAUCUGUUGAUUUCUCAUAAAACCCAUAUCGUAUUUUUUGUUGUUCGAUCAGAAAAUGGUGAAUUUGUUCUUAUCUGAACCAUUGUUGAACGAUGUUGCCCAAAACAGUAGCAGCAGCAGCAACAUCGAUGUGAUAUUACCUCUGUUGAACAAAUUAGGUUCUCAAAUUCAAUCGUUAGUGACUCGUGGAGGUCGAUCAGAAGCUAGGCUUUGGCUUUGUAGUGCUCUUUCUUCUGUUAACAUAUCCUCUAGGAAACAACUUAGUAUUUUCAUGAAGCUGUUAAGAUCAAAACCUAGAAUGAUUCAGUUUGUAUCUCAGCUUCUGACAAUGAUGUUUGAAAAGAGACCAAGGAAGCUUGGAUCUUUGUUAGCUAAAAGAAGUUAUAUACUUGAGAGAUUCUUUGAAGGGAAUCCGAAGCGUAUACUAGAGUGGUUCUCUGAUUUUGCUUAUGAUGGUGGGUCUGAUCAUAAACGAGGAGCGAAAGCAUUGGCGCAGUUUGCGUUUGCGAAUAGGGAUACUUGUUGGGAAGAGCUUGAGUGGCGGGGGAAACACGGGCAAUCGCCUGCGGUUGUUGCCACGAAGCCUCAUUAUUUUCUUGAUUUGGAUGUUGAACGAACUAUUGAGAAUUUUCUUGACAAUGUUCCGGAGUUUUGGUCUUCUAAUGAGUUUGCUGAGUCGCUGAACGACGGGCAGGUUUUGUUUCUUGAUACCAAGUUCUUUCGAGAUCUGUUUAUCCGUUUUAUGUAUGAGGAAGAUAUGAAUGAUGUGUGGGAUGCUGUUGAGGAGUUUCUUACAGAGGAGUCUUUCUCUUCUUUAACUCAGCAUCUUCUUAUUACUCUUGAAGAACGUGACUUUUGUCGAUUUCUUGAAUUGCUUGGCAACUAUUUCGCGCCAAGAAUUGAAUCCUGGGAUAGUUGUGACUCGUCUUGCUGGCUCGGGGUUGUUCUUUCAUACUAUGUCGACACGGAACCUAUUGACGAGCUGCUAUUGGUGAAUUCUGUUAUCAACCAAGGUCGUCAGUUGCUACGACUUGUGCGUGAUGAGAACCUUAAUGAUGAGGAAGAGUUGUUGAGAGAAACCACGGCAGAGAUCUUCAGAGGUUUGGAAAACGGCAGUAGCUUUUCUCUGAUUCUGAGAGAUCUCUCGAAGAUGAAACACGUAGAGACGAUAAAAUUACUCGGGUUACUUUCUUGGACUAUUCACUUCAGACUAUCAGAGGAAUGUCAGACGCCAGAUUCAUGGGAGCUUCUAUUUAGAGAAAAUGGGAUUGAAUUCCGAAGGUCUAGUGACCAUUCAUUGCUAAGCCAUAAGGGAUUCUCUGAAGAAAGCGAAUCCGACUCAGAUAGUAGAAGCCGGGUUUCUAAAAAGAGGCACAAGAAGGAGAAGAAGAAAAGAAAGAAGAAAAAGAAGAAGGCUUUUGAUGAUGAUGAUGAUGAUGAUGAUCUUGGUGAUGAUGAUGAGCUUUUAGGUGUGCAUCAAAUAAGUCGAAGUUGGUUGCUAUCUACUGAUGGGUUUACUGCAACAUGGACCACUGUGGAUUUACCAGAACACAUCGCAAAGUAUUGCUUGUCGAUAUGGAUGAAGUGGUUACUAGCUAGACAAAAAUGAUUCAGACACACCCUUCUAAGAUGUCAAAAAUAGUAAAGAAUCAUAUAUUCACCAUUGAUAUGUACAACAUAUGUUCAUGAAGCAUCUCUCAAUAAAGUUUAACUUUGGGCUUAUUUUAAGCCAACUUUUGAAGAUAAGUGUUUGGGCUCUCACAACCCAAUAGAAAUGAGCCUCUAUGCCAUUGUCAUUGAUGGUGAAAAUGAUAUUUGAAUAUGCCAAAGAGUAAUAGUACAAACUCU